AUGGAGUCAAACAGCCGCCAGUCAGUCAUCAUUGGGCUUGACUUUGGCACCACCUACAGCGGCAUCGCUUGGGCCUUGAAGGGUAGUGAGAACCUUGUCGAAGUAGUUUCUACUUGGCCAGAUGAGGGGAACAGAACGAGUCCGAAAGUACCCACGACGAUCUCGUAUGAUAACAAGAAGUUUUCUUGGGGUUUUCAAACCACAUUCUCACAGGAAGUGAUCCGUGGCCUCAAACUCUUGCUUGAUCCCGAUCAGGAAACGAAUUACCAGCCAUCUUUGGAAGCAAAAAGGCUCCUGAAGAGUCUUGGUAAAACCCCGGGCGAAGUCACCGCCGAGUACCUCAAAGAACUCGUUGGUCAUGCCAAAGGCAUACUCGCGCGGCGUUUUGGGCCUGCAGCAGAUGAAAUGGACUUGUCGUUCGUCUUGACAGUCCCUGCAGUUUGGUCAGACAAAGCAAAGGACGUAACCCUGAAUGCUGCAUACUCGGCUGGUAAGGACGAUGUGAUUGUUGUUUGCGAUGCCGGUGGUGGGACAGUGGAUCUUAUAUCGUAUGCCGUUGAAAACAUAUCUCCUUUGAAUCUCAAAGAAGUUGUUGAAGGAACCGGCGGUGUGUGUGGAUCAAUGAUUCUGGACGAACGCUUCGAAAAGUUCCUUGAGGAUUUAAUAGGCCAUAUUCGGUUCAAAAAGCUUUCAAAGCGGGCUAAAGACUCUGCCCGUGGAUAUUGGCAAGAGAUGGUGAAACCUAGCUUCGUUGGCAGAUCAGAUGAUGAUUUCGAUGACUGCGAACGGGCAGUUCCUCUUCCAGGGGCCAAAGAUGAUCCAAAAAUAAAUCUCGAAAGUGGUUUCCUGCUCAUAAACGAAUCUCAAAUCGAAGAGAUCUUCGAACCCGUUGUGCAACACGUUUUAGGUCUUGUACGGAAUCAGAUAAAAAAUGUCCUGGCUGCCCAUCUUCCAGUAAAGGCAAUCGUCUUAGUUGGUGGAUUUGGGGGGUCUGAAUAUCUUUAUCGUCGCGUGUGCCAGGAAAAUCCAGAAAUUACUGUUAUGCAGCCACCAAAUGCAUGGCAAGCCGUAGUCCAGUGA